AUGGAGGAAUCCGGACACCUGGGUUCUGUUCAGGAGCAGGCCCAGGUGACCUACAACGUGACGGGGUUCGUGGAGAAGAACAACGACCUGCUGUUCCGCGACCUCUCGCAGGCCAUGUGGAAAGCUCGGCACGAACUGCUGCGCUCCCUCUUCCCCGAGGGGGACCCCCAGAAAGCCUCCCUCCGGCGCCCCCCCACCGCCGGCUCCCAGUUCAAGGCCUCCAUCGGCACGCUCAUGAAGAACCUGUACUCCAAGAACCCCAACUACAUCAGGUGCAUCAAACCCAACGACAACAAAGAGCCUGGCGUGUUCACGGACGGGCUGGUGCAGAUGCAGGUCCGGUACCUGGGGCUCCUGGAGAACGUGCGGGUGCGGCGGGCCGGCUACGCCUACCGGCAGGGCUACGAGCCGUGCCUGGAGCGCUACAAGAUGCUCUGCAAGCAGACCUGGCCCAAGUGGAAGGGGGGUGCCAGGGACGGCGUCCAGGCCCUGCUGACCGACCUGUGCAUCCCCCUGGCGGAGCUGGCGUACGGGCGCACCAAGAUCUUCAUCCGCACCCCACGCACCCUCUUCGACCUGGAGGACAGGCGCCGGCUGCGCAUGGCUGAUCUGGCCUCGCUGAUCCAGGCCACCUACCGCGGCUGGAGGUGCCGCACUCACUACCAGCAGAUGCGCAAGAGCCAGAUCGUCAUCUCGGCCUGGUUCCGGGGACAGGCGCAAAAGAAGCGGUUCAAGCAGAUGAAGAGGUCGACGUUGCUGAUCCAGGCCUGGGUCCGGGGAUGGAAGUCUCGUAGGCUCCUGCGGGAGCUGAAGCACCAGCAACGCUGCAGCCAGGCCGCGGCCACUAUUUCUGCCUACUGGAAAGGGUACAAGACGCGGAAGGAAUACAAGAAAUAUUUCCGCUCUGGGGCGUCCGCCACCCUGGCCAAUUUCAUCUACAGGAGACUGCUGCAAAAGUUUUUCCUGGGGCUGCGGAGCAACCUUCCCCCCCUGGUAGUGACGGAUCGCAGCUGGCCCGCCGCCCCCUACAAGUUCCUGGCAAACACCAACGAGGAACUGAAGAAAAUAUUCUACCCCUGGAAGUGUAAGAAGUAUCGCGACCGGCUGACUCCGCAGAGGAAAGCUCUUCUGCAGGACAAGCUGUGUGCCAGCGAGCUCUUCAAAGACAAGAAGACCCUGUAUGCCAAGAGCCUCCAGCAGUCGUUCCAGGGCGAGUACCUGGGUCUCCAGAAGAACCCCAAGUACCGGGCGCUCCACACCGCGGCCGAGGGCAAACUGGUCCUGGCCGACACCGUGCGAAAAGUCAACCGGGCCAACGGCAAGACGGUUCCCCGGCUCUUCCUGCUCACCAAGAAUCACAUCAUCCUGGCCGACCCCAAGGCCGCCCAGCCCAAAACCGUGGUCAGCCUGAGCGACAUCCGGAGCGUCUCGGUCACCCGCUUCUCCGACGGCUUAUUCGUCUUGCACCUCAGUGAGACCUCCACAGUGGGCGCCAAGGGGGACUUCCUCCUCGUCAGCGACCACCUGAUCGAGCUCAUCACCAAGCUCCACCAGACGUUGCUGGAGACCACCGCCAAGACCCUCAACCUCCAAGUGGCUGAUGAGUUCUCCACACAGUUCGGCAAGAGCAGCGUCGCCAUCCGGAUCGUGGAGACGGCCGAGAAGAACGGGGCGGCGCCCGUCUGCAAAAAGAGAGGCAGCCACAAGAUGGAGGUCCUGGUCCACUGAGGCGCCAGGACGUCUGCCGUGCCACGGGGCGGGGAUGGCUGGGAAGCCGCCGUGCCAGCAGCUGAGAACCUGGCGCUCGAGGCCCCAUGGCAGGGCGCGAUCCCGCCCGGCUGGGGGCACGGACCUUUCUCCUUCCGCUCUGAUCCCUGCCAGUCUCUCGGCAAACCCAGGCAGCCCGAGGCCGGGGUCGUGCCCGGCUGGUGAGAGCCCUUCCCUUUCCGUGCCGGGGGAGGGGUGUCUUCGCUCG